AUGUAUAUAGACACGUUUCAGUGUGUUUGUUCACUCAUUGCAGCCUGUGUGUUUGGGCACAUAAAAGUGAGCCCACAGGAAGGUGAAGAACUAGUCUGGGGAACUGGGAGGAGUUCAGAGUUCAAGCUUUUUGACUUCACACAAGUAUCAGAUGCUACAAGUAACUUCUCAGAUGAAAAUAAAUUGGGGCAAGGUGGCUUUGGCCCAGUAUACAAGGGCCAGCUUCCGAAAGGUUUGGAGAUAGCAAUUAAGAGACUUGCUUCAAACUCUGGCCAAGGUUUCACUGAGUUCAAAAAUGAAGUCCAACUCAUAGCCAAGCUCCAGCACACAAAUUUGGCUAGGCUGUUGGGAUGUUGCUCGCAAGGAGAGGAGAAAAUAUUGAUCUAUGAAUAUUUGCCAAAUAAAAGCUUGGACUCCUUUAUCUUUGAUGAAACUAAAAGGGUUUUAUUAAAAUGGAAUAAAAGAAAACUGAUUAUCGAAGGGAUAGCACAAGGACUUCUAUAUUUGCAUAAACACUCUCGGUUACGUGUCAUACAUAGGGAUCUUAAAGCAAGCAACAUUCUUUUGGACAGUGAAAUGAAUCCUAAAAUAUCAGAUUUUGGGCUUGCAAAAAUAUUCAGCUCAAAUGAUACUGAAGGAAACACAAAAAGGAUUGCUGGGACAUAUGGGUAUAUGGCUCCCGAGUACGCUUCAGAGGGUCUCUUCUCGAUCAAGUCUGAUGUAUUCAGCUUUGGUGUGUUAAUUCUUGAGAUCAUCCAUGGAAAAAGGAACUCAUGUUUCCAUCAAUUUGGGGACUUCUUCAACCUUCUUGGAUAUGCAUGGAAGUUGUGGAAAGAGGAAAGAUGGCUUGAGUUUGUCGAUGAAUCAAUAGUUUCAGAGUCACAUGCAUCAGAGAUAAUGAGGUGUAUCAACAUCGCAUUGCUGUGUGUGCAAGAGAAUGCAGCUGACAGACCCACCACGAUAAGCGUGGUUACAAUGCUAAGCAGUGAAAGUAUGACCCUGCCCGAACCUAAGCAUCCGGCGUAUUUUCACAUAAGGGUAACGGAGGAAGAGCCACCUAGUGCUAAUGAUGUGACAAUGUCUGCUCUACAGGGCAGAUAG